UCUCCACUUGUUUGUACUUACUGUGGGUAUGCAGUGAAAACUUGACACAUGUAAUCUUUCUACCCGACAGUUGGUGGCAGUGUUCAACAGUAGAUUGGAUUUGUCCCCCUGGACUACUAGCAAUUUACAAUAGGAUAAAAACCACGAUCGAGGUCAUGCUCAAAUUAUUUACAAUUCUUCCGCGGUCGCUGUUGAAUCUGCAAUUUAAAAACUCACGUUACACGCAUAAACAUGUCUCAUUCGUCAUCAGAUUGCAUUCAUUACUUUAAAACAAGCGACCGAUGGAGAUAUCUAUUUCAUCUCGUAGUACAGCAAGGAAAGAACUUGCUUAUCCCGGGGACUCAUCAACAGCAAUUCCAACGGAUCAGGAAGCCUGUGACUGGGUGCAAAGAUAAUAAAUAUUGAGAUAACUCACUCGUAAUGCAUGUGUGUUUGGCGAGUUCACUACAGUUGUUGAAAAUUUUUCGAUUGGUAUAACAGGGCUGUUAACGCGGUUUCGGGUUAUUAUUCGGUUAUAACCAAUCUUUAGUGGAAAAAAAAUAUUUGACCUAAUAGCGCAGAUUAUUCAUUAGUUGUUGAGUUAUAUUGUGAAUGGCGGUCCGAUCAUUACUGUGUAGUCGGUCGGUUGCGUCGCAUCACGUCUUGCGUAUAUAGACGAUCUACGUAAUAGUCCGUAGUAAGUGCGUGGAAGAAAAGCUUCUCCCACUGGCUGCCAUGAGCGAGAUACUCGGCGACACUUUCCGUUCCCGUGACCGAUUGCCGUGUCCGGAAUAGUCGAGGAUUCUGCGUCAUCGCAGCCCGCUUGCUCUCGUUUAUGGUUACAUUUGUGCCCCUUGUAAAACGUAGCUGCUGGCCUUUUGAGGCUAGCUGGCUAGUUGACUGACGGACUCGGCGGCCAGCUGGUCGGACAGCGCAGCGGUACACUAACGUUAGCAAACAAGCUAAUUAGCCACAAAGACUCAACCUGGAUUACCGUCUUGACGAUCAAAUAACGCUCGGGUGUUUAACGAUCACGCUUACGCGGCAACAUGAAGAUAACUGUGGAUUUCGAGGAAUGUUUGAAGGACUCCCCUCGGUUCAGAGCCACCAUAGAGGAAGUGGAGGGGGAUGUGUGCGAGUUGGAAUCGAAGCUCGACAAACUGGUGAAGUUGUGCAUUGGGAUGAUAGAUGCUGGAAAAGCUUACAAUGCUGCCAACAAACAGUUUGUCAACGGGAUCCGGGAGCUCGCUUUGCAAUCUACCAAAGAUGAAGUCAUCGAGUCCAGUCUUUCCAAGUUUGCAGAAAGCCUUCAGGAAAUGAUCAACUAUCACACGAUACUGUUCGAUCAGGCCCAGAGAUCAAUCAAGACCCAGCUUCAAACAUUUGUUAAAGAUGACCUGCGCAAGUUUAAAGAAGCCAAGAAGCAAUUUGACAAAGUGAGUGAAGAAAAGGAUGCAGCGCUGAUCAAAAAUGCUCAGGCUCCCCGCAACAAGCAGCACGAAGUGGAAGAGGCUACCAACAUCCUCACUGCCACGCGCAAAUGCUUCCGACACAUCGUGCUCGACUAUGUUUUACAGAUAAAUGUGCUGCAGUCCAAACGAAGAUCAGAAAUCCUAAAAUCUAUGCUGUCCUUCAUGUAUGCCCACCUGACCUUUUUUCACCAAGGCUAUGACCUCUUCAGUGAGUUACAGCCACUAAUGAAACAUCUCGGAGGACAGUUGGACCAGCUGGUUGUGGAUGCUGCCAAAGAGAAGCGGGACAUGGAGCAAAAACACUCCACCAUCCAGCAAAAGGACUUCUCAACCGACGACACCAAGUUGGAAUACAAUGUGGAUGCAGAAAAUGGCAUUGCCAUGGAAGGUUAUCUUUUUAAAAGGGCUAGCAAUGCCUUCAAGACAUGGAAUAGACGGUGGUUCUCCAUUCAAAACAAUCAGCUGGUUUACCAGAAGAAAUUCAAGGACAACCCGACGGUGGUGGUGGAAGACCUGAGGCUAUGCACAGUCAAACACUGUGAAGACUUAGAGCGACGCUUCUGUUUCGAGGUGGUCUCACCCACCAAGAGCUGCAUGAUGCAAGCAGACUCCGAGAAGCUGCGACAGGCGUGGAUCAAAGCGGUCCACAAUAGCAUCGCCACUGCCUUCCGUGACAAGGGAGAUGAUAAUGAGAAGCUGGACAGCAAGACUUCCACGUCAACGGGGGGCAGCUUAGACUCUGGUGGGGAGCCCAAGGAGAAAUCACUAAAAGGGGAAAGUGCCCUGCAGAAAGUCAUCGCCAUCCCGGGCAACGCUUGUUGCUGUGACUGCGGCCAGCCAGAUCCACGCUGGGCCAGCAUCAAUCUAGGCAUCACUCUUUGUAUCCAGUGCUCUGGAAUUCACAGGAGUCUGGGAGUUCAUUUCUCAAAGGUCCGGUCACUGACUUUGGAUUCGUGGGAGCCGGAACUGCUCAAGCUAAUGUGUGAACUUGGAAAUGGAGUUAUCAACCAGAUAUAUGAGGCGCGGCGAGAGGAACUGGGAGCAAGAAAACCACAGCCAGGAGACCCAAGACAUGAAGUCGAGGCCUACAUCAAGGCCAAGUACGUGGAUCGCAGGUUUGUGCGCAGGCCAUCUGACGAGGAACUUCGGUGCAAGGUGGUGUCCCUCAGCAAACAGGAGAAGAGACUUAGCAGCAGCUCCGAGCACCUGCCACCGAGACCGCCGCCACCCACCCCCAAACUCCGACCUGGUUCCAACACUUCGGGACAAUCAGCUGCUGCCGGUGGCUCGGAGGCCCGGCGGGACUCUCUCUUCUGUCCUGACGAGCUUCAUUCACUCUUCUCCUACUUUGACAACUCCUCCAAGCUCAGGAGCAUCAAAAGUGCAGACAGUGGAAUCCAGCAUAGUGCUGAUGGCAGCAGGGAGAUGCUGGCCACCACUCCCUCUAGUGGUAGUUUGGCAGAUGGAGAUGUUGCUGAGACUCCACCCAUACCCAUGGCAGCCACCACCAUCACCUUGCCUCCACCAUCACCUUGUAAGGAGACGGUGUUCUACGAGCCCAAGGAGUACAGUUCGGGUCUUCAGCUCUACUGGGCUUCGUGCGCCUGCAGUCUACCUGACAUGGCUGAGGCGCUGGCCCAUGGAGCUCAAGUUAACUGGGUCAACAUGGAAGACGACAAGAAAACACCGCUCAUCAUGGCCGUGCGGGGGGGCUCAUUGGUGACCUGCGAGUUUCUGCUGCAAAACGCGGCUAAUGUGAAUCAGCAGGAUGCUCAAGGUCGAGGACCUCUGCACCAUGCCACCAUGCUGGGACGCACAGGGCAAGUGUGUUUAUUCUUGAAAAGAGGAGCCAAUCAGAAUGCUGCAGACAUUGAGGAGAAAACACCGCUGGCCAUGGCUGUGGAAGCAGCCAAUGCAGACAUUGUUACAUUGCUGCGGCUGGCCAAGAUGAACGAGGAGAUGCGCGAGGCCGAGGGACCCUACAGCCAGUCAGGAGAUGAAACCUACCAGGACAUCUUCCAGGACUUCACCCACAUGGCCUCCAACGACCCGGAGAAGCUGAACCGCUACCAGCACUAUGACCCGCAGAAACCUUGAUUAUGUCCCCCCGAGCUCAAUGUUUGAUAUCCAAUUGGACUUGGCGAUGCCUGCUUGUAAAAAAAGGCUACGCGUUAAAGUGAAGGACCAAUGUUGGGCGACAACCUUGAAGUCAAGCAAGUAAAAGGGUACCGCAGGUUGUUGAAGCCAGUUCAGCUCCCUCGCGUCACCUGUUUUCUUUUUCCAGGCCUUAGUUGGACCUUUUUAUCAAUCUUUUACUUUAAUUUGCACAAAUCUAUGUCUUACAUGACCACCAGUAUUUACCUCAAGGUAAGAUGUGUGUGUAUGUACAGUCUUAUAUGUAUGUGUAUGUCAUCAUGUUAUAGAUGAAUUUAUUGACAUAUUUUUGUGUAGUGGUGAAUGCCAGUGUUUGCUGAUGAAAAUAGCGUCCAAGCGUGACAUGAUUGUUCAUUUUAAACACUUGUAAAGAACUUUAAUUACAGUUUAUGCACAUCCUCUUUGUUUUUAGUCAGUUAAUGUCAUUUAUUUUAUGAUUGUCAAAAUUUCUAUUAGAAUUUACAGAAUUUUCUGUACUUUUAUCAUUGUGGUAAGUUGUCCACACAUUUGAUUCGUUUUGAACACUUUUAACAGAAGGUUUUUCAAUGCAAUGUGUAGUCUGACAAGAAAAAUAGAAAAAAAAAAUCUCCAUGUGUGACAGCAUAGUAUUGAAACAAGUCAUCUUCAUUACUUUUGUGCAAGUCUCCUGUGUAUGUUGUGUUCAAUGUUCUUUCACUUCAUGCAAAAUGCAAAGAUAAGUUGGGAUAAAAAACAAAUAUGUAUACUGUACAUAAACAUUGAAAUUGCUGACUGGUACUUGAAUGAAAUUUUUGUAUAUUCUCUCUACCAUUUACUCUUGUAGUCCUUUUUAUAUUGUCCAGUGUGGCACUGUAUUAUUAGUCUUAUUAUCGCUGAAAUUCAAUACACACAAACUAAUGAGUCAA